UGUUCAUGAUGUGGCAAGAGAACCGGUCUCCCCUCGAGCUUACGAAUUUUACACUUGUUUAAGCUGUUCGAGAUUGCUCCUGAUAUUAGCACAAUGUCUGUUCUCUUCAUAUUGGUGAAUUCGAAAUCCAUGACAACGAACUUGACUUCCCUUCUAAUUUAAAGUCAAUAAUAUAUUUAAUAUCAUUAUUAACUUAUAAUUAAUGUGUUUCAUUCUAAUUACUAUUUCUAACUACUUGUGUAAAUAUUUUUUUUUUUUUACAUAUAUAUUCUAAUUAAUAAAAUAUUAUUUCAUAGGUUAUUUUAUUUGGGGUGGUACAUCCUCCCCUCCGAGUGUACUUUGUUCGUCUAUCUUAUUAAAUUUUUGUUCAACUUUGAUAUUAUCCGUACAGAGUUUACUUCUACCUAAUCGUACCAUUUCAUAUUGUGGACGUCGCAACGAAGUAAGCCUACAUUUAUACGUUAUGUAUAUAAAAAUGAUUAACAUGACCGAGAAUACUAUCAAGCCCAAUGUUAAAUAAAAUAAAUAAUUACGCGUAUCGCUUGCUUCUAACUGUCCUGAUUGUGUUAAUAUUUCAUUAUCGAUUUGUUGUUGCACCUUAUCUAACGAUUGUGCUAUUUCGUGUAUUUUUUCGAGUUUAUGUGAAUCCUGUUUAACCAUUAUCUUAGGUAAGUUCAUACUUUUUAUUCUAUCGGAUACUUUAAAUGAUAUUUUUCCCUGUCCUACUUCGGGUAUAAAGUUAACAUAGUGUUUUGAUUUUAUUUCUUGUGUCGGAUUUAAAAUAAUAUCGUUUCUGUACGCUCUACAUUUUGAGCUUAACCAAAUUAAUCCUUGCUUCCGUAAUUUCGUAAUGUAUGGUUCCGCAUUUUCCCUGCACGCAAUAGUAAAUGUUUCACCCUUUGUUGUGUAUAUCCAAGUGUUUGCAUGUUUCAACUUAUAAAAUAUGUCUUUCGAUAAUACUAGGACUCCCGUCUCGCAUGUUUCUGGCAAGACAUCCGGAUUUUUGAAUAAAGCUAUCUCACAUGGAUUUUUGUUGUUCGAGUGAACGACUGGUGAAAAUUCUGGACAUAUUGUGAAUAUUUCUGUUUCCGUACAAUGUAAAAGCUGAGUUUCUGUGAACGUGGUAUAUUGUUCCCUAUUUUUUGUAAUUGCUACAUAUUGGAAUUCUGGUUUUAAAACAAUACUAUGAUUUUUAUUCUUUAUUCCGUUUAUCAUUGUUUCAACUGGUUGUGGUAUUGGAAGUAUUCUGAACAACGUGAGCUCCAAUUCGGUAACCAGCGGAAGCUUUAUUACGAAGACUAUCUGACUUUCUUUAUAGAACACUGCCAUUUUUGUAAUUUUACUUAAUUCGUAAAUUUCAUUCGGAUUUGUGCCCAUAGGUAAAUUUACAUUAAUUGGUAAAGUUAACUUAAUUUGCGUUAAAUGAUCUGCCAUUUCACGCGGUGUCAUUAAACUUGGGUGUAUUACUCCUGUCCUAGCCGCGGUUAUAAUAGCACCUAUUGAUUGCGUUUCCAUUGAAUAUUGCUAUAAUAGUGCUGUGAAUAUACCAUGUAUUUUAUUUGAUAAAACUAAUGCUUCUAACGUGUUUGUUUUAUUAAUUACUUCGUUUAUUAUAUCUUUUUUAUUUACUAAUUCAUUGUAUAAUUUAUUUAUUUCAUCAGAUGUGGUACUAAUCCCCUUUACAGUAGAUUUAACUACCGUAGUUUGGUCUUUAAGUAUGUGUAACAUGCGUUCGUUAGUUCGUUCUAUUUUACCUAUUUCUUCUACCGAUUCCUUUGCACAUUCCUCAUCACAUACCCCGAAUAAUGUUUUCAUAGCCGAACCUACGAAAUUUAUUAGACCCCGUCUUUUCCUACUUGGGUAUGUGGUUGUUUCCGAUUGUUCGGUGUUCCUACCUAUCGAUUCGUACAUUUUUUCCCGUUGUAAAGAAAUUUCCUGAAACAUUACUUUAAAGAUAUUGUCUAGCCUAGAACACAUAUCUAGUGUUGUUGCGCUGUUUUUACAAUGAUUAGUUAUUAUACUUAUUUCCAAUUGUAAUUUGUCAUGCCUAAGGCCAUAAUUUUUUAAUGGUAAAUACGUGAUCAGUUGCCAGGUCGCUCCUGUCAACCGAACCGUACCGUAGUUUUCAUAAUACAUCAAUGUUUGAUUUCUAAAUUCUUCCACCCUAUAUGGAAUUUGACCAUGUCCUGCCGUAAUCAGAGAUAACCUAAAACAAUAUAUAUACACAUUAGUUUCAAACUUGUUUUAUCUUGUUGAAAUAAUUUCUAAUAUAUAUAUUAUUUUCGUAUCAUUUCCUCGGCCCGGACAAAAUACGCGUACUUAUCGCGUUUGAAAUUGAACUAAUUAAUUUAUAAUCCGUUGUCAGUGAGUCCCGGUGGUUGCUUGUUCGUUCAGAAUAUGGUGGCAACUCCCACCGUUCCUAUACCGCCAACUAUCAAAAUUAAUUAGUGCCAUCCCAUUUUUAUUUUUUUUUUUUUUUUUUAUUUUUUAUUAUUGAUUAUCAUUAUUAUUCCUAACUAUGUACCUAUCUUCUACUUCAUUAAAAAUACUUUCUAUAGCUACAUUACUUCUUAAAUUAAGUAAAUCCAUAACAUUGUUUUCAUAAUCACUACUAUGCAUAUUCCUGUAACUGUAAAUAUUACUAUCGCUAUCGUUAAAUUCGUCCAACUCGUUCAUAUUACUAAUUGUAUUAUUCAGUGUUAUAUUUCUUAAACUAUCAUUAUCACUAUCACUAUCCGACCACCACAGUCCAGCUGCUUCAGUCAUAUUAAUAUUUCUAAUUCCAGGCUCCCGUGUCCUAUUAUUAACCAUUUCCCUACUAAUACUACUAUUAAUGCUAAUAUUAUUAUUACUAACAUUAUUUUCAAUAUUGUUACUAUUCUUUAGCCAGGAAGGAUGUUAUUCCUAUUCCCGUAGUAAACGUCAAUUAACGUCCUAAGAUUAUAUGUAAUCUGUCCCAUAGGUUCCUCCCCUGCAUAUCGGUAUAUCUCCAUUUCACCCAUGUACAUAUCAUUUCUUUUUAAUACCAUUACCACCAGGCGACCUCCCACCUGAACGCUCAAAGUCAUUUCGAAUUCCGGUUCUUCAUUUGCACUGUUACUGAGUUGCACUAGUAGCUUAGUCCCAUCUGAAUCAAUGAUCACCAGUGCUGUUAUCUCCUCUUCCCUACAAGUUUUCUUUUAUUAUUUUUUUUUGUUUCACUAUUUAAUGUUAAUCUAACUACUAUUAUGUUUACUAUUUCUACUCCUAUAUUAAAAAUAAUUUCUAUCUACGUAUUUUUCUUAACAUGAAGCUUGUGUUAUGCCAGCAUGUACUAAUUUACUAGGAGUCCCUUACCAUGCAUACUUAUUACUUAUCCUACAAUAAUUUUUUUUUCAUAGUAGUAACAGAAUGCCGAUCCUGGGCCCCACCUCCCACCUCCCACCACCGCCGCCGUCACCACCUCCGCCGCCAUCCCCACCUCCGCCACCCGAUCGCGCACGUACGCGACGUAUAUUUUUAAACUUUUUUUUCAUUAAAUAAAUACUGAAAAAAAGAUUAGUGGAAUUCGAACCCACGACCCCGAGCUAUAGCAUUGACGCUUUAACCCACUAGGCCACAGACCUGAUACACUUUUCUAUUGAUUCUUAACGUAUAUAGGUGAAUGAAAUGCAGCAAGAUAUAUUCUGCUGACCAACAUAAAUUAUCGUAUGCAUACCAUAUUACCAUAUGUAUUAUCGUACCACAGUAUAUUAUUGUGCACACUACUAAUCAAUAUAUCAGCGCAGCAGUCCUCUGGUUAUCAGAUAUGUUAUCAUAUUAUUUUAUCCGCAAUAUAUUCAAACUCUCACACGUACGCGACAUAUGCCCCCACCCCAUUUUUCCGCGAAUGCGCAUUUAUUGUUUCUAUAAAUAAAUAUUGCAAAAAGGCUCUGGAGAGAUUCGAACUCUCGAUCUCCGUCUUACAUUCUGGCGCUUUAACCAACUAAGCUACAGAGCCGGUUUACCUUUAGUAUGAUUCUUAACGUAUAUAACCGAAUGAAAUGCAACAAGUUAUAUUAUCGUAUGCAUAUCAUAUUACUAAACACAUCUCGAUAUAAUAAUCGAUUGAUACAUUUAUGUAUCAAGAACUUGUGCCACACGAUUUUAUUUGUAAUACAUUUAAGAAUACUUGUACAAUUACAUUCUAUAGGAAUAAAACGUCUUGUGUGGCCCUACAUACCCUAACUAUUGUUGUCAUUCUUCAACAACACUAUAUAUGUUCACCCCUUUGUAUAUUUUUAACCUUAAAUUUCUGUCGCCAUAACGUUCUAUGGCAAGAUAUGUGUUGGCCAUACCCUAUCUAUUGUUAACAUUCUUCAACAACAAUAUACAUGUAUACCACCUUUGUAUAUUUUAUACAGGAAUGAGACGUCCAAAUAAUUACAUUUUUAUAAAAAUGUAACAUACAAUUCUGGGUAAGUCGACAUUUCUUUUAAGGUUUCAUCGAGCGUUUUGUUUUAACGGUUGCACCAAGAAUAUACACUUAUAAAUAAUUCAGGCGAGAGGAAGAGGAUAUGAUCAGCACAUGCGAGAUCGGUUUCUCUACGGUGUAAUGUAGAAUUGAGAGUUUUGUGUAUGUUGAUGCGUGAAAGUCACUAUGAUCGAUCGAUUCCUGAAGAUGAGGAUAUAGUAAGUUUAAACAUACGAAUAUUCAAAUAUAGUAGAUAAUAUGAUUAGAAAUACUAAUAUCAGAUAAUUUAUUAUAGAUUCAAUUACCGUUUCGUGUGUUAUUGCACUCAUCUAGAACGAUCCAUAGACAUACUCAGUAUUAUAUUAUUAUGCAGCUAGUUUACGGUUUCAAAAGAAUAGCGAUAUUUGAUUCAGAUCGUAUAAGAGAACAAUUAGAAAUGCAAUGGACGAUGAAUGUGAUGACCAUUCUGAAUGAUGACCAUUAUUUAAAUUUUAACUUUCACGCUACUCGUUUUAUUCUACAAAGAAUAAGAAACCUAAAUUAAAAAUUAACUAAUAAAUAAUAUUUUUCUUAUUACCAUACAUCAGUUUAUAUUAUUUCACAAAAACUAUAUGCUCACUAUCUUUACUCACAUAAUAUCUAAUUUUACCUAGCAUAAUGUUUCUCCAAAUAUUUCAAAAUAUUUCAAAAAACCAUAAUUCUAACAAAGUAAAUGUUUCACCCCUCCUUCACCAUAAAAUGUUUGAGAUCAACGGAGAGUCGGUCGGUCGGUCGGUCGGUCGGUACCUUACCCAUAUGUCUAUGAUCGGACAUUGUGUAUCCAGUCUUUUGUCCGGUGUACACACAUUUCGCGUUUACAGUUUUUGUCAACAGAUUUUCAGAUACGGAUUUAUCUACUUAUAUGAGAUUUUUAAUUACCAUAGUAGGUAUUUAUUAUAUUUUAUAUUUUGUUAUUGAUAAUCAUUACUGGUAAAAGUGUGAGUAUUUUGUUUUAUAUUAUUCAUAAGAUAUUUAAGAAUUACAUAUAAUCCGAUUUUUAGAUGUCAAAUAAUUCAUCACCGAGUACUCCGACAUAUGAAGGAGAUGAGUAUAAUCGACGUCUGGCCGAAAUACCUAGCCAGUCUCCAGUUCUCUUCGACAUGCAAGACAUUUUCAUAUACGGUGAGAUGACUCAAACCAUAGAUAGUGGUUACUCGAGUGACCAGAACACGCAGGUGGAAAAUCAUGACUGGCAUAGAGAAUUUUCCCCUCUUCAACCCCAUGCAACACCCUCUCCACCACGACUAUCACAGAUGGAGAAUCGUGUACGCACUUUGUCGUCGGUUCAGCCUGUCUUGUUGGAAGAAGCUUCGCCCGAUAUGUUCCCACCAACAACACCGAGAGCAUACGUACUGAGGGUGAGAAACGAUCUUUUUCCGGACUUAGAUUCCCAGUCCUCAGUUUCGCCUAGCAUGCUAGAACUUCCUCGGGCCAUGGUACCCCCCGAAUAUAACUUGUUAAUUGUCGGGGAAAUUAUGAACACGACGCGACAUUCUGGUGAGCAAUCACCGGAAAUGGAUUGGAGUGAUGACGGAAAUGACGAGGAGUUGAACCGUCAUAUGGAGGCAUAUGAAGAUGAUGAAAAGCUUAGCCGACACAUGGAUGAAUAUGACGGUUUUUGAGGGAGGUGUAAUAACUAAAUUAUUUAUUAUUUUUUUAAAAAUAUAUAUAUUUUUGUUUUAAAACCACACAUUCUAUAAUUUAUUUUUUCAAACUAUAUUAAUAUUGUUAAUAGUAAUUUUUAAAGUAGCAGAUGGUCGCAUUUCUUGGUAUGUUAGCAACUAAUUUUAUAUGGCUUUUUCGAGUAACCGACGAGGAAAUAUCUAGAGAGUCAAUGGGAAGAAAAUCUAUUGUUAUAGCAGGGUUGAAAAUAAACCACUAUUGUUGGUGACCACACACGUAGUUAGCAUUAGUAACAUAACAACUAUUUUUUUUUUCUAAAGAAAAUGUUGAUCAAAAUAAUUGAGUACAUUACUUGUAUCGCGGAUUUAUCAUAGCCAAUGUCUAAAUAAUAUUUUGGUAAUACAUGGCUUAAAAUGUUACCACCACCACAAAUGGUUAUGCUCAACGGACGCAUGACAAAACAAGUGACGAUGUCCGCUCAGUGUGUUCCAAUCUUUUGCAGGUUGACACAUACAUUUUACGAUCGCUCCGUGUUGUACUCUGUAUUUCUCCGUG